AUGGCUUCUGAAGACUUGCAAGUUUACCUCGACUUUGCCAUAUCGCUCGCUCGUGAAGGCGCCCAGUUGAUCCUCGAAGGCUCCAAAGCGCGAUAUGUAUCUCAAGGUAUGGUGGUCUCGAAAUCUGACCCAACAGAUCUGGUUACGGAAACGGACAAGAAAGUCGAAGAAGUUGUAAAGAAGAGACUGAAAGAAAGGUUUCCUCAACACAAAUUUAUUGGCGAGGAAUCUGUAUCAAAUGGAGAAGUUCUUGUCUUAACAAACGAACCUACUUGGAUUGUUGAUCCUAUAGAUGGUACAACCAACUUCGUACAUGGUUUUCACUAUGUUGCUAUUUCCAUUGCAUUAACGAUCAACAAGGAAACCGUCGUCGGCGUUGUUUAUAAUCCAUUCCUAAACGAACUCUUCACCGCGUCAAAAAAUUCUGGCGCAUUUCUCAACCUUUCAACACGCCUUCCGCUCUCUCACCCUCACCCUCCACUCCCACUUCCUUCAUCACUUUCCCAUUGCCUUGUUCUGGCAGAAUACGGCCAUGAUCGUACUCCACAUGUUAUCGAUAAGAAAACCAUGUCUAUUUAUAACAUGUUAACUAGGCCAGGGGAUAAUAGAUGGGGUGACAGCGGAAAGAAGGCCGGCCUGGUGCAUGGAGUUAGGAGUCUUGGAAGUGGGGCAUUAAAUCUGUGCACGGUUGCCAAAGGGCAAGCGGACUUGUAUUGGGAGGUUGGUCCUUGGGUGUGGGACGUAGCAGCAGCUACGUUGAUUCUCGAAGAAGCUGGUGGCAUCGUAGUUGAUGCUUAUGGUCCUGAUGAAGGACCUGCGGACUUUCUCGGCAGGCGCUUUCUAGGGGUUCGGGCGGGAUCACCUGUACCCGGAGAUAAGACGGGCAGAGAAAGUCAAUUGAGGCUUGCUAAGGAGAUGUGGGAUGUUGUCGAAUUGGUUGAGGUUUCGAGAAAAUAG